UUACAAAUAUGCUCUCAUUGUUUUAUAGCGCAGGAAACUGAGCCAGAGGCUUGAGCGACCUGCCCAGGGUCAAAAAGUGUCUGAGGCCGGAUCUGAACCCAAGUCCCUGCUCUAUCUAUUGGACCGCCUCAAGUUUCUAGGAAGGGUCCUGGGGUUCAUGCGGUCCCACAGGUGACCCGGCCAGAACAAGAGACGGCUCCCAGGGGGCGCAGCUCCUGCCGGCUAAUGACAAGUGCACAAGGACCUGCGGCCCAGUCUGAGACUACGUUUCCCAGGAUGCUACUCGGCGACCAACUCAAUCGCCAUGGAGCCGAGAGGAAGAAGGCAGCAGCCACCUACUGUGCCCCGGGAGAACACCACUCUUCCCCAAGGAGAGAGAAUGGCCCCCGUGUGCCUGACUCCCAGGGCCUGCCAGUACAGAAAGUGCUACCAUCCACAUUUUGGUUACAUUGUGAUAGAAGAGACAACAUGCAAACAACAAUGUGCGUACAAGAUAGAUACAAGGAGUCAGUGACAUUCCAGGACGUGGCCGUGGACUUCACCUGGGAAGAGUGGAGGCGCCUGGGCCCUUCCCAGAAGGAGCUGUACCGGGAGGUGAUGCUGGAGAACUACUGCAACCUGGUGUGCCUGGGACUUGUAGUUUCCCAGCCAGAGGUGAUUGACCAGCUGGAGCGAGGAGAAGGCCCAUGGAUGCCCAAGGGAGAUGACUCAGGGAACAGCCACUGCCCAGGUUGGGAAACUAUGUUUGAAGCCAGGGUAUCGCUUCUAAAACCAGAACAGUCAUCCCAGAAGAGACUCUCAAGAGAUGGUCUUUGUGUCUCCAACUUGGAAGGAGCUUGGAAGUCUGACUCCUGGAUAGCAAAAGAGCAGAGAAAUCAUGCGGGCCACCCUCAGCAAGUAAAAGUCACUCAGAAGAAACCGUCCUAUAUCAGUGGUGAUCAAAGCAUCGGUCUCCAGCCAAUCAAUGUGACCCAAGAGAAAAUAGCUGUCGAAAAGGAUUUCUGCAAAUGUGAUACACACAGAGAGAAGUUUAGACUGUACACACAUUUGUUAAAAUGCAAUAAAAUGUACCCAAAGAAGAUAUUUUCUAUGUGUACCAAAUGUGGGAAAUCCUUGAGGUAUAAUUUAGCCCCUAUUGAAAAUCAGAGAAUAUGUACUAAAGCAAAAGAGUAUAAAUGUAAUGAUUGUGAGAAGGCUUUCUGCUGGAGAUCACAGCUCAUUAAACAUCAAGCAAUUCAUACAGGAGAGAAGCCUUAUGUGUGUGAGGAAUGUGGGAAGGCCUUCCGGCAAAGCUCACACCUUACUGAACAUAAGACAAUUCAUACUGGAGAGAAACCUUAUGAAUGUGAUGGAUGUGGGAAGGCCUUUCGCCAGAGAAAGGGACUUACUGAGCAUCAGAAGAUUCACACUGGAGAGAAGCCUUACAAAUGCAGUGAAUGUGCUAAGGCCUUCUCCCAGAGGAAAGGACUUACGGAGCAUCAGAGAAUUCACACUGGAGAAAAACCAUAUGUAUGUACUGACUGUGGGAAAGCAUUUAGUCAGAGGACAGAUUUUAUUCGACAUCAGAGAAUUCACACUGGAGAGAAGCCUUACAAAUGUAAAGAAUGUGGUAAGGCCUUCUCCCAGAGGAAAGGACUUACGGAGCAUCAGAAAAUUCACACUGGAGAGAAACCUUAUGACUGUAAUGAAUGUGGGAAGGCCUUUAGUCAGAGGACAGAUCUUGUUCGACACCAGAGGAUCCACACUGGAGAGAAGCCUUACAAAUGCAAUGAAUGUGGUAAAGCCUUUUCCCAGAGGACAGGACUUACUGAUCAUCAGAACAUUCAUACUGGAGCAAAAAUUUAUAAAUGCCAUGAAUGUGGCAAGGUGUUCCAUCAGAGCUCAGAGCUUAUUCAGCAUCAGAGAAUUCAUACAGGAGAAAAACCUUAUAAAUGUAAUGAUUGUGGGAAAUUCUUCUGCAGAAGCAGAAAUCUUAUUCGCCAUCAGAAAAUUCACACUGGAGAGAAACCAUAUAAAUGUGAAGAAUGUGGGAAAUUUUUCCGCCAAAGUGCACACCUUAGUGUACAUCAGAGAAGUCACACUGGAGAGAAACCUUAUGAAUGUAAUGAAUGUGGAAAGGCUUUCUGCCGAAGUACAGAACUUACUCUCCAUCAGAGAAUUCACACUGGAGAGAAACCAUAUAAGUGUAAUGAAUGUGGAAAGUUUUUCCGCCAGAGUGCACAUCUUACAGUACAUCAGAGAAGUCAUACUGGAGAAAGACCUUUUGAAUGUAAUGAAUGUGGAAAGGCUUUCUGCAGAAGUACUGAACUUACUCUCCAUCAGAGAAUUCAUACUGAAGAAAAACCAUAUGAAUGUCAUAGAUGUGGGAAGUUCUUCCGCCAGAAUUCACAUCUUAUUGUACACCACAGAAGUCAUACUGGAGAGAAGCCUUAUGAAUGUAAGGAAUGUGGGAAGGCCUUCAGCCAGAGCAGAAACCUUAAUCUUCACUGGAGAAUUCACACGGGAGAGAAACCUUUUGAAUGUAAUAAAUGUGGGAAAGCCUUCCACCAGAGUUCGCACCUUACUCAACAUCAGAGAAUUCAUAGUGGAGAAAAGCCAUAUGAGUGUAAUCAAUGUGGAAAGGUCUUCCAAAGGAGAGCAAAGCUUAUUGAACAUCAGUCAAUUCAUACUGGAGAUAAACCUCACAGAUGUAAUGAAUGUGGGAAAGCUUUCCGACUGAGCUCACAACUUAGUCUACAUCAGAGAAUUCAUCUUGGAGAAAAACCUUAUAAAUGUAACGAAUGUGAGAAGGUAUUUUGUCAGAAAACAAUCCUUAAGAUACACCAGAGAAUUCAUGCUGGAGAAAAACCAUAUGAAUGUAAUAAAUGUGAAAAAGCCUUCUACCAGAGUUCAGACCUUACUCAACAUCAGAGGCUUCAUCAGCUUAAUAUACACCAGAGAAUUCAUCUUGGAGAAAAAACUUAUAAAUGCACCGACUGUGGGAAGGUCUUUACUCGGAAGAUAAACCUUCAGAUACAUCAGAAAAUUCAUACCGGAGAGAAAUCAUAUAAGUGUAACAAAUGUGAAAGGGCCUUCUACCAGAGCUCAGACCUAGCUCAACAUCAGAGAAUUCAUACUGGAAGAGAGAAAUCUUACAAAUGCAGUGAAUGUGGGAAGGGUUUUGUCCGGAGCAGAAGUCUUAAUCUUCAUCACAAGAUUCACACUGGAGAGACAUCAUAUGAAUGUGAUAAAUGUGGGAAGGCUUUCUGCCGAAGCAUAGAACUUAUUCUCCAUCAAAGAAUUCACACUGGAGAGAAACCUUAUAAAUGUAAUGAAUGUGGGAAAUUCUUCCGCCAGACCGCACAUCUUACUGCCCAUCAGAGGAGUCAUACUGGAGAAAAGCCUUAUGACUGUAAGGAAUGUGGAAAGGCAUUCAGAAUGAGUUCACAACUUAUUCUUCAUCAAAGAAUUCAUCUUGGUGAAAAACCAUAUAAGUGUAAGGAAUGUGGGAAGUCAUUCCGACAAAAUGCACAUCUUAUUUCACAUCAUAGAAUUCAUACUGGAGAGAAGCCAUAUAAAUGUAAUAAAUGUGGAAAGGCCUUCCGCCGGAGCUCAGACCUAACUCAACAUCAGAGAAUUCAUACUGGAGAAAAACCUUAUGAAUGUAGUGAAUGUGGAAAGGCCUUUGCCCGGAGUAGAAGUCUUACUCUUCAUCAGAAGAUUCAUACUGGAGAGACACCAUAUGAAUGUAAUGAAUGUGGGAAGGCUUUCUGUCAAAGUACAGAACUUAUUCUCCAUCAGAGAACUCACACUGGAGAGAAACCUUAUAAAUGUAAUGAAUGUGGGAAAUUCUUCCGCCAGACUGCACAUCUUACAGUACAUCGGAGAAGUCAUACUGGAGAGAAGCCUUAUGACUGUAAGGAAUGUGGGAAGGCAUUCCAAUUGAGCUCACAACUCAAUAUACACCAGAGAAUCCAUCUUGGAGAAAAGCCUUAUAAAUGUAAUGACUGUGGAAAAGUAUUUAGUCAGAAGAAAAACCUUCAGGUACAUCAGAAAAUUCAUACCAGAGGAGAGAAGUCUUACAAAUGCAGUGAAUGUGGGAAGAUCUUUGUCCAGAGCAGAAGUCUUACUCUUCAUCACAAGAUUCACAAUGGAGAGACAGCAUAUGAAUGUGAUGAAUGUGGGAAGGCUUUUUGCCGAAGCACAGAACUUAUUCUCCAUCAAAGAAUUCACACUGGAGAGAAACCUUAUAAAUGUAAUGAAUGUGGGAAAUUCUUCCGCCAGACUGCACAUCUUACUGCACAUCAGAGGAGUCAUACUGGAGAGAAGCCUUAUGAGUGUAAGGAAUGUGGAAAGGCAUUCAGAAUAAACUCACAACUUAUGCUCCAUCAAAGAAUUCAUCUUGGUGAAAAACCAUAUAAGUGUAAGGAAUGUGGGAAGUCAUUCCGACAAAAUGCACAUCUUAUAUCACAUCAUAGAAUUCAUACUGGAGAGAAGCCAUAUAAAUGUAAUAAAUGUGGAAAGGUCUUCCGCCAGAGCUCAGACCUAAAUCGACAUCAGAGAAUUCAUACUGUAGAAGAGAAAUCUUAUGAAUGUAGUGAGUGUGGGAAGGUCUUUGUCCGGAGUAGAAGUCUUACUCUACAUCAGAAGAUUCACAAUGGAGAGACAGCAUAUGAAUGUCAUGAAUGUGGGAAGACUUUCUGCCGAAAUGCAGAGCUUAUUCUCCAUCAAAGAAUUCAUACUGGAGAAAAACCUUAUAAAUGUAAUGAAUGUGGGAAAUUCUUCCGCCAGACUGCACAUCUUACUGCCCAUCAGAGGAGUCAUACUGGAGAGAAGCCUUAUGACUGUAAGGAAUGUGGAAAGGCAUUCAGAAUGAGCUCACAACUUUUUCUUCAUCGGAGAAUUCAUCUUGGAGAAAAGCCUUAUAAAUGUAAUGAAUGUGGGAAGUUCUUCCGCCAGAGGCCACAUCUAAUUGCACAUCAGAUAAUUCAUACCAGAGGGAAACCUAAAGAACAUGGAAAGGAAUUUGACUAGACCUCAAAUCUUAUUCAGCAUUGGACAAUUCAUACUUGAAAGAUGCUGUAUAAAUGUGAGAAGGUCUUUCAGAGCCCAGAGCUCCUUUCUCUUUGACAUCAGCCAAUUCAUUCGUAUUUGGGGGGGGGCA